UGACCGACUGGAAUGAGUUCCGGGAACAUUCCCCGUCUUCAGGGCUUUAGCGGAGCUUUGAUGGAAAGGCUGAGCUGCUGAUCAUGGUCGCGGUGGAGACGGGGACCUUCUGCACUUCUCACAGAGCUGGUUGCCUCUUCCACACUGUCUGCUGCUGCUGUCUCCUCCUGCUGUGGAGCCCAGAGAUGGACGGUCUCUCCGACUUCUCGACUUAUUUGUUCAGGAUAAUCAACAGUCACUCGGCGCGUGCUCGUGAUGGUCAAGUGUUGCUGCUCUUGUGUCCACGCCACUCCACGAUCUCCAUGCGGUCUGCCUUCUACGGACAUCACAACCCUCCCUCAGACUGCACGGCACCCACAGCGCUGCAGAAGAUGUUGUCUGAGUGUCAGGGCAGGAGAAGCUGUCAGGUCCUGGUCCAUCACCGUCUGUUUGGAGAAGACCCCUGUCCUGACACCCUCAAACAUCUGUACGUGUCAUACAGCUGCAAACCCACCGAGCACAGGAACAGGACGCGAUGUGAGGGAGAUCGGAUGCUCCUUCACUGCAGGUAUCCCAAGUUGUUGAACAUCUACUCUGCAGUUUACGGUAGAGAACCGGAGCAGAGAGAAGUUUGUCCGACCGAAGAAGAACAACGACCACCUCCCUAUGAGUGUUUAUAUCAUGGCGCUUUGGAUGCAGUGAGAAGUAAAUGUUACGGAAAGCAGCGGUGUUUUCUCUCUGUGGACGAUCAGCAUUUUAGAAACCCCUGUCCUCCCGGAGCAAAGAAGUACCUCACGGUUCUUUAUUCAUGCGUUCCACAGACUUUAUUUAAACAAGCUGACCCUGAUCUUUUCAAAACCACCCCAAUUCCACACGAGACCACCGAGGCAGAGGACCAACCACAGGUCAGAGAUUCCAGAUUGCCGGAACAGAGAGCAGUGAUCGUGAGCAACUCUCUUAUGGCGUUCGUCUUCAUAAAAGAACAUCCCGAGAUGGCUGGACUGCUGUUCAUCUCCAGCGUGUGCCUAGGACUGCUCGUCGUCCUGCUAGCCAUCUCGACCAGGCUGACCUGCACCGGGCGACCUAAAGCUUUAAACUGUCUACGCAACACCAAGGCCGACGAGAAACCAGACACUGAGGACGAAGACGACGACAACAGCGAAGAUGAUGAGGAUGAAUCCGAGCCACUGAUGGACAGGUCCUUGAUGUCGGAACAAGGCGGGAAGGUGUACCAUUGGGAGGACGUGGAGUACACCACCGAGGCAGCCGAGCUGAUGGAGAGGCUGGAACGACGGGACCUGAUCAUCCAGGAGAUCAGAAUGAACGCGUACCUUAACGGGAACUCCUACUCUCUGCGCUGAUGGUCCACCAGCUCCGACGGCUAAACAAAACCGUGACCACUGUGUGGUCUUUAAACUGAUUUUUUCACUUGUGCACCUUAAACUUUUUAUUUUAUAAGUUUAUUAUUAAAAUAAGUUAUUCAUAAUAAUAAUUUAAUCCUAGUAUUUUAGAUAUUGACUUCCUAUGUAUUUACA